CUUUCCUGAUUGUGCUAUUAAUAUCCUCACCUUCGGUGAUACCAGGAUUCCUCUUGCCCCACGUAGGGUCUUCAUUAUGGAACUCUGUCACCUCUUGCCUCCAUUAUUCAAGGACUGAUUGGUCAUCUCUGACAAAUCCUCGUUGGAGAAAAGGAAAUAUAAUUAUCUUUGUUUUUGCAACCAACCCCCUCUGCCAGCAUGGCCCUGAUGAAAACAAAAUUCAACCUAAAGAGGAGAGUGAAACUGGCCCAAGGUCUAUGGUUCAUGAACUGGUGCUGCGUCUUAGCAGGCAUUGCCCUUUUCAGCAUGGGGAUAUUCCUGAAAAUUGAGCUCAGAAAGCGCAGCGAGGUGAUGGAUAAUGAAGAGAGCCACUUUGUACCCAAUUCUUUGAUCCUGAUGGGCGCCCUGGCCUGUGCCCUUAAUGCAUUUGCAGGUAAAAUCUGCUACGAUUCCCUGGAUCCUAACAAGUUUGCCAAGUGGAAGCCCAUGCUGAAACCUUAUCUGAUCGUCUGUCUCCUCUUCAACGUCUUCAUAUUCUUCACCGGUGUGGUCUGCUUCUUGACCAGGGGCUCCUUGGAGAGCACCUUGGCACACGGCUUAAAGAAUGGCAUGCGCUACUACAAGGAUACCGAUACCCCCGGCAGGUGCUUUAUGAAGAAGACCAUUGACUUGCUGCAGAUUGAGUUCAAAUGCUGCGGAAACAAGGGCUUCAGGGACUGGUUUGAGCUCCAGUGGAUCAGCAACCGCUAUCUGGACUUCAGCUCCAAGGAAGUGAAAGAUCGAAUUAAGAGCAACGUUGACGGCAAGUUUUUGAUUGACGGGGUUCCCUUCAGUUGCUGCAACCCGAGCUCCCCCAGGCCCUGCAUUCAGCUGCAAGUGACAAAUAACUCAGCUCAUUACAGUUACGAUCACCAGACAGAGGAGUUGAACCUGUGGCCCAAAGGCUGCAAGGAAGCUCUGCUGAACUACUACACCAGUAUGAUGAGCUCCAUGGGUGGCAUGGUCUUUCUGGUCUGGAUCAUGGAGAUGGCUGUGAUGAUCGGGCUGAGGUUUUUGCACACGUGUUUGGAGAGCAUUGCAAACCCUGAAGAUCCCGAGUGUGAGAGCGAAGGUUGGAUACUGGAGAAAAGCCUGAAGGACACCAUCAAAUCCUCCUGGGAACUGGUGAAGGGCAUGGGUAAGCUGAACAAGGUGGAGACCGCUGGAGGUGAGGGAGGAGACAAAGAAGCAGGAGUAGCAACUGUCAGCUGAACAUCUGGACUAAGUGGGACUUUUAUUAAAUAAUCAACUAAAUGUAAAUAUUGUCACUGCAAGCAAAGACAAGUAAGCCAUCAAGCCCUCUCUGCUUGUGUCUCUUCAUCAGGCUUCUCUCUACAACACAAGAGCAAUGACUCCGGCUAAUACCAGUGUCGCACCCACUCUCUCCAAAUCAGCGCACACAGAGUCCGACACUCAGCAUUAGCUACACACACUGAUGAUACCCCCCUAUAAAAUCUAUGACUCUUUGGGUCAAUACUAGAUAAAGAAACCCCCUUUUUUAUUUCAGACUUUGUAGAUAUCUGAAUAAAACCAAGAGAAUCCCUGUAAUCUGUAUAUAAGAUAUUACACAUAAAGCAUUCACAUCCACACCUACAUCAAUACUGAGUAUAAAGUCACCCACCUAGGAAACCAUCGCUAUUCAAAAUGCCAGUGUAGUUCCCGCAUACAGUUCCACCUCAGCAGUCUGUUCUUCAGCAGUUCAAACACAAAAAAAUAUCCCAAAAAAACUCUAUAAUAAAGUUAAAAAGUUAGCUUUUAGUAUUAGCUAUUCAGCCUUACGCAUUUCAUACCCUCUGGUACUUAUUCAAAAGCCUAUGAAUAAAUACCCGAGGGUGUGAAACGCGUAAGGCAGAAUACUAGUUGGUCUGUAUGACUACUUUUUUAAUUCUAUGCUAAAUAAAAGCUAACUUUUUAACUUUAUUAUAGAGUUUUUUUGGGAUAUUUUUUGCACCGUCCACGUUUAGUCACGUAUUUCCAUUUAUAUGAUGAAAUAUAAUAUAUAUCCAUUAAUUCUGACGUAAUUGAAAUUUGUAAAAUUUGAAAAAAA